UAUAUCACACACUCAAUUUCUUAAUUGCCAUUCACUUCACACUCCUUUAAUAAUAUCCAUCAUCAUCAUCCAUUCUCUCUAGAUAGACUCUAAUUAAAAUGGCACUGGAGGCCCUUAACUCUCCAACCGCGGCACACGCCAGCCCCUUCUUUCGACAAGAAUCCUUUAAGCAUCACAACACCUCCUAUCCCGAUCAGUCAUGGACUAAAGGCAAACGAUCGAAACGACCACGAAUCGGUUCUCCCCCAAUAAUAACUGAAGAAGAAGAAUAUCUGGCUCUCUGUCUCAUGCUCCUUGCUCGUGGCGACACAACAACAACUACUACUACUAGUAGUAUAAUCCCCAAACCAACCACUAAUAAUCCUAAUCAGGAGAUGAUCAGAAAAACAACAGAUAAUACCCGAAACGUUGUUGUUUACAAAUGUAGCGUGUGUAACAAGGCUUUCGGGUCUUACCAAGCGUUAGGUGGACAUAAAGCUAGUCAUAGAAAAAACAACACCACUAUGACUACUACUACUAGUCCUGCUGACGUGGAGGUACACUCACCACCCGAUGUUACAACAACCUUAACAAUUAUGAACGGUAGACAACAUGAAUGUUCAAUCUGCCAUAGAUGUUUUCCGACUGGACAAGCACUGGGUGGUCAUAAAAGAUGUCACUAUGAAGGCAUCGUUGGGGGAGGACAUGUCAGCACAGGGUCGAAUCAAAGUCAACGUGGGUUUGACUUGAACUUAUUACCAGCCGCCAGCUGCUUACCGGAAAAUUUGUUUUCUGGAUUUGGGGAUGAUGAGGUGGAGAGCCCUCACCCGGAGAAAAGGGCACGAUUUGAAUAUUCGCUUCGGUGAUCAAUUAGCUUCAGAUUAAUGUUUGUAUGUAGAUCAUUCAUUAGUUAGUUUAUGAAGAAACAAUUGAUGAUGAUUAGUAGGAUCAUGCAGUAGGAUUAUUACUACAAUUUUGUUAAUCAUUAGAAAAUUGUGUUGAAUUUAUUAUUAUUAUUAUUAUUAUUAUUAGUUUUUGUUCGAAGAGAUUUGUAUUAAUGUAAUGUAAAGUACAGAAUUAGUCUAUGCAAGUAUGAGUUGUUACGUUUA